CAUGCGCUGGUCACUUCUUCUGCUUACCUCUCUCGUUUUGCAAUCAAUCCUAUGUGUGGGUCUUGUCAUCCCGGCCGCACCACCAGGAGAAGGUCUUGCACGUCGGGCAGUAACGAGGUCGCAGACGCGAGCUCAACUUGCCCAAGCUGCCCCACCGCUCCCCAAGAAGCCUGUGGUGAAGCAGGAGAUUCUCCGAGGUCCCACAAAGGCACGGUCACCUCGAACUCGUAUUCUCAACGCCAAGCACUCCAGUAAGAAAGCCAGGAAAACUGCUGCCCAAAACGGGUUCCACUACGCCGGACGGGGAAACAGCGUCGUCAAACAGCGCCUUCCCGCAUCGUCAAGCAAAGAGUUUUCGAAGACAAUGAAGAAGAAAGAUGCUGACCAUAUUUUGGAACACCAAGUCCUCGUCGCUGCCCUUGAGGCGCAGAGACACGAGCUCCAGGACCUUAAGCCGUCGACCAGGAAAGGCAUAGAGAACAUCCUCAACUCUCACAAGAAUCUUGUUCUCGUCGACAAGUCAAUCAAUAGAUCGAAGGGGCAAGUGUUUCGGCACGCGCUCAAGAUUAAUGGGAAGUCCGUUCUGAGUAAGAAGGCGGACCGUGAUGGGUAUAUUGCCACUACUCUUCAUCUAGCCAAGAACACCGCUAAAAACCUAGACAAGGAGUUGACAAAGGGCGGAUACCGCCCAAAUGUAUAUAAAACCCUAACGGGUGCUAUCAAGAAGGCAGGAAUAGCUAGUACCCGGACCCGGGCGCGCGCUCCCUCAGCCUCUCCCUA